GUAAUAAUUUACUCCUAAGGGUUAGACAGCUGUAGAAAGCUGAGAAACCGAUAGGAUCGCAGCCAGGACCCAGCUCUCCGCCUUCCUCAGAUGCUGGACCUUAGAAGAAGAAAAUCAAGAUGUCUACUGGAGCAGACCUCAAGGCGAGAGAGGGAGGCAUUCCCAAUGACAACAUGACCCAAGAACAAUCCUCCAAGAAAGGCUUCUGCUCACUUCGGCAUGGUCUGGCCUUCAUCUUGCAUCUCUGUAAUUUCUCCAUUUAUACCCAACAAAUGAACUUGAGCAUUGCCAUAACAGCUAUGGUGAACACCACAGUAGCAUCCAGCCAGCUCAAUGCUUCCACAGAAAGACCUACCACCAACUCCCAAGAUUUCUGGAACGAAACACUACAGGAAUCUAAGGCCCCUGUUUACGACUGGACACCUGAGAUCCAGGGAAUCCUCCUCAGCUCUCUCAACUAUGGAUCAUUCUUAGCUCCAAUUCCCACUGGCUAUGUGGCUGGAGUAUUUGGAGCCAAGUAUGUGGUUGGUUUAGGGUUGUUAAUUUCUUCAGUCCUGACUCUCUUCAUUCCACUGGCAGCUGAUGCUGGAGUAGUCUUGCUCAUUGUCCUUCGGGUCAUCCAAGGCAUAGCUCAGGUUAUGGUAUUAACAGGUCAGUACUCAAUGUGGGCCAAAUGGGCUCCCCCACUGGAAAGGAGUCAACUCACCACCAUCGCUGGAUCAGGGUCAAUGCUUGGGACCUUCCUUGUCCUUAUUGCUGGUGGUCUUCUUUGUCAGGCCCUAGGAUGGCCUUAUAUAUUCUACAUCUUUGGUGGAAUUGGCUGUGCCUGUUGCCUGCUCUGGUUUCCUCUCGUAUAUGAUGACCCACAGAACCACCCCUUUAUCAGUGCUGGUGAGAAGAGAUACAUCAUGUGUUCGUUGGCUCAAGAGGAUUGCUCUCUGGGCUGGUCUCUUCCCAUUAAAGCCAUGGUGAAAUCUCUCCCACUUUGGGCCAUUGUAGUUUCUUAUUUCUGUGAAUACUGGCUGUUAUCCACAAUAAUGGCAUAUACACCCACAUAUAUCAGCUCUGUACUUCAAGCAAACCUCCGAGAUAGUGGAAUCCUGUCAGCCCUGCCAUUCGUGUUUGGCUGUGUCUUCAUUAUCCUCGGGGGUCUACUGGCAGAUUUUCUACUCUCCCGGAAAAUCCUCCGACUUGUAACUAUCAGGAAGCUCUUCACUGCCCUAGGGGUCCUUGUCUCAUCUGGGAUCCUCGUGCCCUUGCCUUGGGUCAGAUCCAGCCGCAGCACCACAAUGGCCUUCUUGGUACUAUCUUCUGUCUUUGCCAGCCUGUGUGAUUCAGGAGCCCUCAUUAACUUUUUGGAUAUAGCUCCACGGUAUGCUGGCUUUCUGAAAGGACUAUUGCAAGUCUUUUCUUACCUAGCUGGAGGCAUAGCUCCCACUGUUGCUGGAUUUUUCAUCAGUCAGGAUUCAGAGUUUGGCUGGAGAAACGUCUUCAUACUUGCAGCUGCUAUUGAUGUAGUCGGCCUGCUCUUCUACCUCAUCUUCAGCCGUGCAGAGGUACAGGACUGGGCUAAAGAACCGACAUUAACCUAUCUCUGAGCAAAGUUUGUGAUGCGUAAACCGGCCUGUUUUUGUGCCCACUGGACACCUAAAGCCGUCCAACUGGAAGAAGCUUCAUUUCCAGGGUCAUUUAAGAGACUCUAGCUAUGUGAUACUAAAGGUAUUUUUUUCUAUGCCUGGAAAUUUCAUAAAGGAAAGAAAAGACUGGUUAUUUAUAACUGUAUGCUUCUGAAAUCACAGGUGUGUCUAAGGUUCUACAAAUCUUCUAUACUUUCCCCUGUUGCCAUGGUAAAAGCAUCGGGGACCGGAGGACAAUUUUCCACUAAAGCCAGAAAUUCAGGAGUGAUGAGUUGGAACCAAGGAGAAUGGUACCAUGAACUCUGUAAGCUGUCAGCAAAGAGACUGGACAGCCUGGAAAACAGGAUGUUUGUGAGCCAAAGCUCUGCGGCAGGAGGCCACUCAUGCCAAGUGAGGGGGUUAAAGAGUCACUGUGGCUCUUGGUGUGUGUAGGAUGUCUUAUUGAAAACAGCCAGGAUAAAGAGCAACAAAGAAUUAAUCCAUCAUGAAAAAAGGAAUGAAUUUUCUCCAACUAAUACAAACAGGGCUGUAGAAUCCAACCAUUACAGACAGAUUUCUGCAUGUGGAGCUUGGCUUUCGAUCAAAACCACUUCCGCAAUAUGGACACCACUCAGGCACUCUCUGGAGUCCACUGUUCAUCCACAGCGUCCUUCUUUCUGACCACUUUAACCUGGGUCCCUCAUCUGUAUGUAGAUCUGCUUCACAGCAUCAGUCUCAUCGUGGAUGCCCUUUGUCUGCUUCUCUGACUCUUAUGAUCUCAGCCAUUCUUCAGUGGGCCUCAUUUGUUAUAAAAUGUCUCCUAAAAAUGUUUGUGAGACGCA